CUGUCACUGCCAUCCAGCGCAAAGACUCACAGAAGCCACUUCCCGCCGGGCUACAAGUAGUGAAGACGGAUCUCAGCGAUGAGGCCGGCUUAACUCAGGUUUUCAAGGGACAGGAUGUUGUCAUCAGCGCCGUUGGUGCGCCAAGUUUCGAAAACGAGAAAAUAUGGAUAGACGCUGCCGUCGCCGCAUCCGUGAAACGCAUCAUCCCCUCAGAGUUCACCACAAACCUAGAAUCCCCUCUAGCCAUUCAACUCCCUGUCGCAACUGAAAAAGUGAAAGUACGCCAAUACCUCACGUCGAAACUCGACAGCCCUUCCGCACCGAUGACAUGGACCUCGCUGAACAACGGUGCAUUCCUCGAUAUUACCAUCAAGUUUGGCGCAUUGGGCCCCAACCCGAUGACCAAACAGGCUGUCUUCCAUAAUGGCGGGGACAACGAGAUCGGGCCUUCUACAUUGGCUGAUAUUGCUGAUGCUAUUGUUCGCAUUUUGGAUCCUGUGAAUUUCGCGGAUACGGCGAACCAGGCAGUGUACAUCUACUCUGCUGCUGUCACGGAGCGGAAGUUGACUGCGAUGGUGGCCAAGAUAUUGGGUGUUGACUUUGGUUCCGUUGAGGAUGGGAGAAUCCCUGAUGUGAGUGUUGGUGAGCUGAUGGAGAAGGCGAAGGAGCAGUUGGAAGCGGGGGAUAUGACCGGUAUGCUCAAUUAUUACUAUGUGAUGAUGUACGAGGAGGGAUAUGGCGGGAGGGAUUUCAAGAAGCUUCCUGGAAUGAGCGCUUGGGGAUACGAGUUAUGAGUGAUGAUGAGCUGGAGAGGGUUGUGCAUGGGUUUCUUGCUACGCGGUUAUAUAACAGCAAUACCUAAUGUUGAAAC